AUGUACUUCACAAGUGUCGCCUCGACACUGCUCGCUGCAAUGGCCUUCCUUUCUUUGGUUCCACGAACUACGUCCGAGUCUAUCUGCACACUGAGUGACUCCGAAGCGUGUGCUGUCGAUACGCUCACUCCCUCAGACGACGAUGGGAGUGUUCUUAUCUACCCGGGAGGAAACACGCGUUGCGCUUUUGACGACUACACGGAUUCCGAAUCAACGUUCUCUACAAACUCGACGUAUUUCUUCCAGGUGUUCCCGAACAGUGGUUCGAACAAGUCGAAGUUGAUGAUAUUCUUCCAAGGAGGUGGUGCCUGCACUGACGAGGAGACCUGCUCGUUUGGCUUGCAAUGCUCAUUGGGGGCUAGCGCGACCCUGACAACAGUUGCAACUUCUAGCAGUGCAGGUAUACUAAAUCGCUCGAUCUCGGACAACAUGUUCAAAGACUGGAACAUUGUUUUCGUGCCAUAUUGCACCGGGGAUGUUCAUGCUGGAAACCGCAUCUUAGAACCCUACGAGAGCAAUGUUGCAGAGCUCCUGGGGGAACCACAAUGUCUUGGAUUGAAUUACACCAUGUACCUCAAUGGCUACAACAAUACUCAAUCAGCGCUGGAUUGGGCCCUUGAGAACUACCCGGACGUUGACAACCUCGUCGUGGGCGGUGAGAGUGCUGGUUCUCUCGGGGCACAGCUUCACAGCGCACACAUCGCCGAAUUGUGGGGUGUCAACUCCAAGGGCACACGGUUCUCGGUGAUCGCAGACAGCUACGUUGGUGCUGUGCCUGCGAAUCACACAGGAUCGCAAUCUCUGCACUUUACUGGAGUGUGUGAUGUUAACUUGGGCAUGCCAGCCACCGUUGUGGCAGAUUGCGAUGCAGAGAUGGCUACAACCAUUGAGAUGACGGAGUCACUGAUCGAAGAUGUGCCACAAGGCAAUUGGCUUUUCAUCAACAGUAAGGGAGAUUUAACACAGCGAUACUUCUAUGCACUUCUCGAGGAAGGCAUCGAAGGCUACCCGUUCACCGAUCUAGUUUCCGAGCAAGAUUUCUACGCUGACAUGAGUGUGAUCUUGGAUGCAUACCAAAGUAUCAGUACUCGAAUUACUACGUUCUACGUCGAGGGCACGAAGCACGUCUUCUUGGCUGAUACGAACUUUACGAGCUAUCAAAGUGACGAGGGUUUGUUACUCGGCGAUGUACUUAAUGCGUGGUUAGUCUCGGACUCCAGUUUGAACUCGAACACUACGGCAGUCACUUCAAGUUCAGGUAGUUCAGCUACAACGACAGACGCUACUACUGCAAGCUCAACCAACUCAGGUACGCCCGGAAGCAGCACAACAAGCGCGACAUCAACCGCAAGCACUACCUCGUCAUCGACUACGAGCACUACUUCUUUCUGCUAAGUGGAGUAUGAAUAUCGGGAGACCCAACGCAACCUUAUGACAUCAAACACGG